UUUCCAAGUGUACAACCAGUUCUCAUUUUUUCACAGCUGAAGAAUUGUGCUGCCAUUCGCAGAGAACUAGACCGGAUCAUUUCACUUCUUCCACGGGAUCAUCUGGACAGUACACCACUUGGGAUGGAGACUUCUACGCCUGAGUAUUAUGAAGUUUUUGGAGAGUUCCGUGGAGUUCUAAUGGACAAACGGUUCACCAAAUAUUGGGAAGAUGUUGAAACAUUCUUGGCAAGGCCAGAUGACCUUGUCAUUGCUACUUAUCCUAAAUCUGGCACUACCUGGGUUAGUGAAGUUGUGUAUAUGAUCUAUAAAGAAGGUGAUGUGGAAAAAUGCAAGGAGGACGCAAUUUUUAACAGAAUACCUUAUCUGGAGUGCAGAAAUGAAGACCUAAUAAAUGGAAUAAAACAACUAAAAGAGAAGGAAUCUCCCAGAAUAGUGAAAACUCACCUGCCACCCAAGCUCCUUCCAGCAUCAUUUUGGGAAAAGAAUUGCAAGAUGAUCUACCUUUGCCGGAACGCCAAAGAUGUCGCCGUUUCUUAUUACUACUUUUUGCUAAUGAUAACUAGUUAUCCAAAUCCUAAAUCUUUUUCUGAAUUUGUGGAGAAAUUUAUGGAAGGGAAAGUUCCAUAUGGUUCCUGGUAUGAUCACGUGAAAGCUUGGUGGGAAAAGAGUAAGAAUUCACGUGUUUUAUUUAUGUUCUAUGAAGACAUGAAAGAGGACAUCAGAAGAGAAGUUGUAAAGCUAAUAGAGUUCCUGGAGAGAAAGCCCUCAGCAGAGCUUGUGGACAGAAUCAUUCAACACACUUCCUUCCAGGAGAUGAAGAACAAUCCAUCCACCAAUUAUACAAUGAUGCCAGAGGAUAUGAUGAACCAAAAAGUAUCACCCUUCAUGCGAAAGGGAAUUAUAGGAGACUGGAAGAACCACUUCCCAGAAGCCCUGAGGAAGAGAUUUGAUGAGCACUACAAGCAGCAGAUGAAGGAUUGCACUGUGAAGUUUAGAAUGGAGCUCUGAAACACUUCCUUGUGUCUGAAAUUAGAGUAGUCUGCAAUUUAUCCUUCAGUUUCUCUUGUUGUGAAUUCAGUAGAAGUAGAAGUCUUUUGAAGUCUGAUGGUUUAAAUUCAUUUUUUCUAACUUUUAUGUCAAUGUAAUUUCUAAAUCUUUUAACAGCAAAAUCAAAUUUUUCUUAUAUAUAACAUAAGUAUUGUCCUCUAACAGUGCUUAAAGAUUUCAAAUAAAUAUAAUUUGAUACCUG